CAUUCCAGGCUGCUGGAAGCUACCUCGUCGCUGGGCUUAGGCCAUUCUGCCAAUGUCAUUAAAAGAUCAACAGAAUUGGGGUUCAGAACUUCAGAUCCCUACUGCCAACUUUGAAGAGGUGCUGGACAACGAUGAAGUUGCCUAUCAAUGGCUGAAAACUCUCCGUAGAAUAGGAGUUAUGCGACUGAAGCAUGCUCCAACAGAAAAAGGACAAGUGGCUAAACUGGGAGAAAGGAUUGGCUACCUGAGGUUGACAUUUUAUGGGUCAAAGGUACAUCAGUAGAAGAGGUGAGAGUGACGAUGAAGAAAAUGGGAAGAUUAACUUCUCAGAAACAGGCAGGGCACGUGGAAAUCCUUGAUUCAUUGAGCCAGCAAUGGGUCCUAUGUAAGGCUUGAAAAGACUACUGAAAGGGACUGUGGGCUCAUUCAAAAGGGAUUUAAUUCUCAGACAAUGUCAAGUACUUUCGAAAUGCCUUCUCAUUCACCGGAAUAUUCUUCCUAUUAGAAAUAAUACAGAGUGAAUAGGUGCGAGUUGUUUUUGAAGUAAACUAGUCUUUUAUACUGAAUAAAAAUGAUGGAUUCUAGCAAAUGAAUGUUUUAAAAGAGUCAUGGGCCACUCCAGUUUAGAAUAUGUUCAACAAAAACAAGUUCUAUUUGUACAUGAAGUCUGUGACUUCAUCACCUCUUCCCUGAACACACUAAUUUCUGUACCACUACAUUUCCAGAAGAAGAAGCAGUUUUGUUCAACCUGGUUUCUAUUCAGUUGUAGUCCCUAGUGGUUACUUUGUCCCAUGCAUGCUCAAUUAUGAAUAUAGUGAUGAAAACCUUGGAAUGUGUUAAUGCUGUUAUUCACGAAAGAGUUGAUUUGCCUUCUGACUUCAAUAUGCCUUUUGUUGUUUUGAAUAAAGAUUGCUUUUAAUUGAA